UAAGAUAGCAUUGUCAUGGAUAAAUUUAGAAAGAAGCCACCAACAAGGUCUGAUUUGCCUCAUUUAAUGGAACAUGUACCCGAGGAACACAAAGAUUAUGUCAAAGAAAUGUGUAUGAAAAUGAUGCAGCAUCAAGCUUAUGGACAGCCGUACGAAUGGUCUACUCGUGAUUUUGAUAUGGGCGCUCCAUUGGGUAGAGGUAAGUUUGGAAGAGUAUAUUUGGCGCGCGAACGUGGCUGUCAUUAUAUGGUGGCUAUGAAAGUUCUAUUUAAAGAGGAACUGCAAAAAGGCAACGUCCAGCGGCAAGUGUUAAGAGAGAUCGAAAUUCAGUCACGUCUCAAACAUCCACAUAUAUUACGUUUGUUGACAUGGUUUCAUGACACUGAUCGCAUUUAUUUGGCAUUAGAACUAGCCUCACAAGGUGAACUUUUUAAAAUUUUACGCCGGGCUCCCCACAAACGAUUUGAUGAGCCUAGAGCGGCUAAAUAUACAUAUCAAGUUGCUGAUGCUUUGCACUACUGCCACUUAAACAAUGUUAUACAUCGUGAUCUUAAGCCUGAAAAUAUUUUAUUAACUGCCACGGAUGAUGUCAAAUUAGCUGAUUUUGGUUGGUCAGCUCAUACAAGAUCAAACAAGCGCAAAACGUUAUGCGGUACUUUAGAUUAUUUGCCACCGGAAAUGGUUGAUGGUCGCAUCUAUGACGAUUCUGUUGAUCAAUGGUGUUUGGGUAUUUUGUGCUAUGAAUUUUUAGUCGGUGCCCCACCUUUCGAAUCCAACAACAACGAGAUGACUUAUGAAAAGAUACGACGUUUGGAAGUAUAUUAUCCGAAUUAUUUGUCAGUUGGUGCCAAAGAUAUUGUUUCGAAAUUAUUGCGUAAAUCCGGCAGUUCUCGUCUAACUUUAGUGGAUGUUAUGCAACAUCCUUGGGUUAAAUACAAUAUGGAAAAACGUAAUGCUCAACUUGAACAAAUGAUUGCGAAAUCGAAACCCGAAAAUAAAGUUUGUAUGCAAAUUUAAGUAAUAGAUUUGUUUUCUCUAAACUGUAUAAUUGAAUCUUGUUAAUUGAAUUUAAUUAAAAUACAUUAUUUAUGUUUAAAGUUAAGAAUAAAAUAUUGAAAUGUUAUGUGAAAUUUAAAAA